GCAUCGAGAUGUUGAUCGGACAAAUUGCCUUUUUGCUGCUCGCUUGCAGUUAUGCGGUCUAUGGACGUCAGGAUACACCCAGUGGAAAGAGCCUUUCGUGCCAACAAAAUGGGGGAUAUUGUCAAACUCAUUGGGAAUGCUGCUCUGGAAAAUGUAUGACCUAUCAAUAUGUUUGCGCUGCCCUUGCAGCUCCACCUACUUAUCAGACUGAAAAACCCUCACAAUCUCUAUGUCAACGCAACUGGCACUAUUGUGAACAUGAUGGUGACUGUUGUUCUGCGAAAUGUAUUCCAUUCUAUAAUAUUUGUGCUGCAGGAAAUUCAUAUCCCUUUCCCUACAUAAAUCCAAACUCUUUGCAACAGAAUUCACUAAUCAAUUCGCCUAAAGACGAGUUGCAGAUUGUCACUUUAGCCACUGAAAACAAAAUCAGCACCAAUCCCAGACCAAGCCCCAGCCCCAGCGACAGCAAAGAGAAAGCAACUAGUUUAUAUGAGAUUGUUGUUAACAAGCCGGCAACAACAGCCAAGCCCAGGCAAUGUCAUCAAAUUGGCGAAGAGUGCUAUACAAGUGACCAGUGCUGUAGUCAACGAUGCCUAUUCUAUUCACAUAAAUGCGUACACUGAACUGAAUGACUUGAAUCCCUAAUCUAUGUUUAUAAUAUAUUUACUUUGGUUUAAUCACAUAUAUUUCAAAUUAAAACCAAAUUUCUUUCUUACAAUUGACUGUGUUUACAAAAUAAAUAUAUAUACAUAUUUAAAAUUUAAA